ACCUGGCCCAAGAGGUGACAAGGGGGAUCAAGGCGACCAGGGUCCACGGAUGGUCUUCCCUAAGAUAAAUCAUGGCUUUCUUUCUGCUGAUCAACAACUCAUUAAACGUCGACUCAUUAAGGGUGACCAGGGUCAAGCAGGGCCCCCAGGACCUCCUGGGCCUCCAGGUCCCCCAGGCCCCAGAGGACCCCCAGGGGACACAGGCAAAGAUGGUCCUCGGGGAGUUCCAGGGCUCCCGGGAGACCCUGGAAAUCCAGGGGAGAUCGGUCAAAUGGGACCUGAGGGCCCUCCUGGACAGAAGGGUUCCAAUGGGCCACCUGGUUUUCCAGGUAUCGAUGGAAUAAAGGGUGACAGAGGUGAACAGGGUGAGAAGGGAGACAUGGGAGAGCAGGGGCCAAAAGGUGACACUGGAGAGAAGGGUAAUGCCGGAUCCUCUGCUGCUGGAAUUAAGGGUGAGCCAGGAGAGCCAGGACGUGGAGGACAAAAGGGUGAGCCAGGACUUCCAGGGCUGCCUGGACUCCCCGGGAUUAAGGGUGAACCUGGUUUCUUUGGGCCUCAAGGUGAGCCUGGGCUUCCAGGUCUUCCAGGAACUAAGGGAGAGAGAGGAGAACCUGGACCUUCUGGCAAGGGUGAACGUGGUGAGACAGGUCCCGUAGGACACAAGGGAGAACAGGGGGAACCAGGAGCAUCAGGCCUGAAAGGUUCAAAGGGGGAUGCAGGAGACAAAGGUGGUGAAGGCCCAACAGGAUCACAAGGGCUACCUGGGGAGAAAGGUGAACAGGGUACAACUGAAAUCAUAGACUACAAUGGAAACAUUCAAGAGGCUCUUCAGAAGAUAACUACUAUUACAGUUACGGGUCCCCCUGGACCUCCUGGGCCAGUUGGACCAAAGGGAAUGAAGGGUGAUCAGGGUGUUACUGGACUUCCUGGACUAGAUGGAGAAAGGGGUCACAAAGGUUCUAAAGGUGAUAUGGGUAUCCCUGGAAUAUCCGGAGAAAAGGGAUCAAUGGGUCUUCCUGGCUUACAGGGUGUGAAUGGUCUGAAAGGAGACAAAGGAGAUGCUGGCCUGCCUGGACCUCAGGGACCCUCAAUUAUUGGUCCCCCUGGAGCACCUGGUCCACAUGGACCACCUGGACCCAUGGGUCCUCAUGGAUUCCCUGGCCCAAAGGGGGAACCAGGUUUGCUUGGUCUCAAGGGACUGCGAGGGGAGACUGGGUAUAAGGGUGACAGAGGACCCCUGGGUCUCCCUGGAGCAUCUGGCUUGGAUGGCAAGCUGGGACCCAGGGGUAUGGAUGGACCAAUCGGGGCUCCUGGUCCAGCAGGUCCGAAGGGAGAUGGAGGUGAGAAGGGUGAUGUUGGUGAUCCUGGAGCCAGAGGGCCAUAUGGGUUACCUGGAGCUGCUGGAACACCUGGAGUGGAUGGGUUACCAGGCUUAAAGGGAGACAAGGGCGAUGUGGGGGAAAGAGGAGAAAAGGGGGAGAAGGGAAAGAAGGGCAAAAAGGGGCCUAAGGGGGAGAAAGGAGAACAGGGUGCCCCUGGAUUAGAUGCACCCUGCCCACUGGGUUUCCGGGGCUUUAAGGGUGAAAAGGGCGAGCCAGGUCAGCCUGGCCUGGAUGGGCUGGAUGCCCCGUGCCAAUUGGGUCCAGAUGGACUUCCAAUGCCAGGCUGUUGGCAGAAGGGUGUCACUCCUUGGCUGGUGGCUUGAGAAAAUCAGAAAAGCAGGAUUGAUGGAUUUCUUUAUUGCAAAGAGCUCAGUGUGGCAUCUGGCCCUCCUGCGCCGCGACGUUGCCCUGCCUUGUAGCGAGAGUGACAACUUACACAUUUGAAUUAUC